UAUCUAGGAAAUUUAAGAAACAUGUAAGAAACUUUUGAUAGAAAAAUGGCCAGAAAAUUUAAGAAACUGCCUACCAGCAUCGGACCUUAGUUUCUUGCAAAAAGAUACGUGUAAUCAAAAUAUCCUAGACAUGUCUACUGAUAAUUUUUUAUCUGAGACGAUUUAUUCGGGGAGUGGUUGGGAUUCUUUCGUCGAUAAUGUGACUUUAGUUUAUUAAAACAACUACCAGUUUCCAGAACCCCAAAUGACCAGUCAGCAAUUUUGCAUAUUAUUGAAUUGACUGUGUCAUUAGACUUAACGAAAGCGUGUUUUUAUGAGAAGCUUAAUAGGGUAAGGGUAUGGUCCUUUAACAUUUUCUAAAGACUGAGCCCCUACGUCGAAGAUGGUAGUUUGCAUAAGGGCAAAGGAUCACUGGAAAGUAACAUUUGAGAUACGUUAUUUUUGGAACUCCACUUUGUCGUUACAUAAUCUUUAUUACCUAAAUAAAAAGAGUAACUUGCAAAAGAAAAACAGAAAAGUGCUCACACCUUUUUAGAAGAAGUUGUGCAGUCUAAAACUCUUGUUGGCAAAAUGAUAGAGCUGUCUCUUCAUUAAAUCUGCGCAUUUAUCUUCUUACUAAAUUGUUAAAGCCUAAAUUAUCAUUAAAAUCUAAAGAAGCUUCCGAAAAUUUGAUGGGAUUUAGGUUAUUUCUUGGAAAUAAUUACAAGUUCGAAAAAGAGGCCAUAACGAUGACAAUAACUGCCUCGAGUUGAGGUUUAGUUCCGCUGCUGCGGGAUUUGUGGAAUGGAUUCAAAUGUUAGUUACUUGUCUCCCCAUGUUUUCUACUUGAUAUGUGACAUGCCAAAAAGUUAUAAUUGUGGCAUCCAAAAUACAAAGCAAUGCUGUGGUUGUAGUUUUAAAAUAACUGGCUCCUGCAUUUACGUCUGCAAAGAUACCAAUAAGAAUGACAAAAGGCAGCAUUACAUCUGUAAUGUGAGGCACCUUUGGCUGUCUGCAGAGAGGAGAGACUUCCUGGGUGAGCAAUGGUGUAACAAAGAGAAACUUCAAAAUUUGAUUUCAUCUUUAAAUUGGACUGGUUCCUUGUCUACCAUUAUCCAGUGCCUGAAUGAGUCUACAAAUUUAACAACACUGUCGUUGUUAAAACUGACAGUCAUUUUUGAGAGGGCUCUAGGUGAUGUAUUCAGCUCAAUAACAAAAAAGAAAUGCCCAUCUCUGCUUCGUGAUUUGUUAAAUACAGACUGCCUUCUUGAAGUAUUUGGUGAAGCACCCAUAGCUGUGUUGCAGACAUUAAUGGGACCACCUGCUAGUUUAAAUUUGAGAAAUGUGCUGUGGCAUGGCUUUCCCAUGUUGGGGGAAAUCCAAGAUAAGUUCUGUGUCAUCUUGGUUGAGCUUAUAGCAGCUCUGGGAGAAGUCUUAAAGAUGAAUAGUUUGUUAAGCAUAAGGCACAGACAAAAAUUGAAGCUGCCGAGCACAAACUUGAUACAAGAAAUUUUUCCAUUGAUUACAACUGAGAAAGAUCUGCUCCUUAAGGUAUUCAAGUCAACAUCAUUCAUUCCUCCGGGAAUGCUUCCUGCGUGGAAAAUGACCAUUGAGCUCUUUUUGUCUAAGAGAUUUUCAGAUGCAGUCAUUUUGUUUCUUCCUCAACUUGAGCAUGCUUUACGGUGUUUGUUUGUUGUUGUCAAUCAGUGCCCUGGUCGACUUUUAACUGCAGAAUCAGAUGUUCUGUACACAACCUUUGAUGAGAUGCUUGCGAAAGAUAUUGACGAAGACAAACCCAACAAACUCCUGACAGAAAUUGGGCGAAACUUAACUGAAAUGCUCUUUGAUCUAUUAUUUUUUCCUGAAGGCCCUAGAUUAAGGGAUCGAGUAAGUCAUGGGGAAUAUGACUUUAAUGAUGUGGACAGUACCAUUGCAAAUUAUUUGAUAUGUAUUGGGAUUUGCUUUUGUUUGAAAUACUUAUUCCCUUGGAGACAGAUACUUAAAACCAAAAGUAAAUUUCUGGGAAAUUUAUGUUGCGUUAUGGACAGCUACAAAUCACACUUUCACCCAAUAUCUUUUCUAAACAGGGAAAUAUGUUUAGCAAUAGAAAAUAUAGAUAUGGUUGAUGAGAUAGCUACAGAGUGCCAUUUACAUCUAAAUAUAGACCAAGAACAUAAUCAAUGUGAUGAAAUUAAUAAAAUUGUGACAAUAUAUAUGUCUAUACCUAUAGUUAAAAACUUUUUUCGGGACAAUGGUGAAAUUUGCUUUGAUAAAAAUUCAGUUAAGAGGUACAUAAAAGAAAUAAUUAAUGAACCUAGACAUUUUUUACAUCGACCAAAGAAAGAGCUAGAAGUCACUGGACUAUUGAGACAAAUAGCAAAGCAAUGCCAAACUGCUGUACUUCAGGUAAUAACUUUUGCAAGAGAAAAAUUGAAGCAGUUAGAAAAUCGGUCAUUGAGGUCAAGAGCCCGAACUAAUUUUACAGCAAUGGUUUCAGUAUCUCCUGUUCUGAUAUCAUUCUGGCAAACACUGUUGCUAAUGGUUUCCAUUGAAAGUUUGGUUGCAGCAAGCAUAGAUAUUGAUGACACUUGGAAAAGUCUUAUAAAAUAUUUAAAGAAAUGCCUAAAAUAUGCUGAGAAUAUAUCAUCACUGAGCAAUUCUUCAAACAACAAAUGGCUUGAAUGCUCAAAAGUUGUGGCUCAGCUGGCAGAGCUUGCUAAAGGUAGACCAAACAUUUAGCUCAUACAUAGAGAUGAUUAGCCUACCUAUAACUGAUACCUAUAACUGAGGCUUUCAAAGCAACCAUUGCAGGUCCAGACGGGCCUGAGACUGGGUGGAACUACUGGGUGACACCUGUCAAAAGCUAACUGUCUUAGACUACCUGCACUUUUGUAUUGGAAAACAAUUAUUCAAUGAUUACCAAAUCGUAAAUAUUUUAUAUUGUGAACUUAUAAAAAUGUGACUAUGAAAAUACAGAGAAAAAGUUUCACAUCAACUUUGUUCUCGUAUAAAGCAUCCUAAUUUGAGAUGCAAGCAUUGGUCCAAUUUUCCUGAAAAAAAAUAGGUACAAAUUUACAUCACUGUUUAUCUGAAAAUAAUUGUUCUUGAAAUGAUGUUUGUAAUAGUCUAUUUAAUAGAUUCUCCACUUUAAAAAGUUGAAUUCUGUUACAUCUCAAUAAGGUAGAAAAUGUUAUUGAUUUGGGGGACUUUUUCUCCAAAAUACUUUUUGUUCCAUGGGCCUGACCUUGAGAAAAGGGGGACGGUAUAUCAUUAUACUUGUGCACCUCUCUCUAUUUAUUAUUUCAAUUGUUAUUUCAUUCCUAAUGCUUCAGACUUAAGCAUAAUGUGAGAAUGGAUCUUUGCAGUGGUGUUUUACCAUGAUUGAAUUUGUUGGACAAAGACAAUCUAUUUAAAUAUCAUACAAAAAUAAAUUUGAUUUUAUAGUUUGUUAUAUACCUUUUCGUUUUGCCAUACGUUAGAUCUGACAACAAACUAUCUUUUUCCUCGUCUGUUUUGCAUUUUUCAAAAGUUGUCAUAAGUCUACAAAUAUAAAAUUUAACGAAAAAAAGUAGAUCACAGCGGGCUUCAUUGAAUCUAUAGAGCAUAUCCUUUAACACAAUCAUGUUUGGUCUAUGAAAACCAUUUACUGCAAAGAAGCUAUCCAUGCUAUGGAAAGUAGAUAAUCUAAAAACAGUGCCUUAUCCUGAAUUUCCAGCCAAACUUUGUGGCAUCACAGAAGUUAUAAAAAAAUCAUCAAAAAUAAGACUUAAAAUUAGCAGUUUUUAGGGUCUUAAAAUUUAAACGCGUUUGGCACGGGAAAUGAAAUUCCAGAACACAGGAUUUUCUACAAGGUUUGCCAAUAAUUUAUGGAACACCCAAGCUGUUAAGGCAAAUAUUGUUUUUUUUAAUUCACCCUUAAAGAAAAGCUCAAUUUCCCACUUCCCCCUAAACAAAGUUGGAACUUCACCUCAGUCAAAACUUCAAGCUACGUUUGAAUAGCUUAUUUCUAUGGAUAAUAACGAAAUGUUGUUUGAAAGGGGGGGGGGGAGGGUAAACUGCUAAUUUGAAUGACAAAAAUACUUUUGGUGUUCAAAAACUGUUGACUGGAAACAUACGUAGGUUUUCUAACACUUUGAUGCUUGAUGUUGUUGUGGAACAAUAAAUUCAUUUAAUUUCAUUACAAAGGAUUUUCAGUAAAAAAAUAUUUUUUUGGAAAGAGGGUCCCACAACAACAACUUUCAGCCAAUAAAUAUUUUGUUGAGUCUGUUACAAAAAUUCACGCAUGAAAGGGCUAAGACGGUGACUCCCAACUUUAGGAGACACGUGAUGUCAAAAAAUCAUUCAGUUCAAGCACAGGCAUUGCAGCCAUGACACCUAUAGAGGCUAUAUAUAUGGAAAAACGAAAUAUCAGCUGUCUUUUCUCGAUACAGCCAUAUGUCAUAUCAGGGGCGGCGGGCAGUGUUAUUACCGUUAUUACUGUAAUAACACUUUUUCCAAAGUCUUUAUCAGUUUGAUGCAUUCGUCUGCUAGACACAACCAAUGACGUAGAAAUAAUAUGGUAUCUGUCCUCUAUUCAUCUGAAGGGGAUGAUAAUUACCUGCUAAUCCUUAACCACAGGAAGCCUAUUAUGUUUUUCAAUGGUAUUUCAAAUGGUUCAAAGCUAGUUCGAGGCUCCCGGUCUCAUUAUUACUUUCGCGUUUCUAAUAACGGAAACAGCAAAGUCUUUGUCACGGGACUCACCGAUGACGUAAAAUUCAAUUGUUCUUGGUCCUUGAAAUAAAGGAGCCUAGCAGCCCCGUUAUUACUUCUGGGAUUCUAAUAACGCGGCCAUUUACCUUUUGCCAGUGCUGUUUUAUGAUUUUGCUUGUAAGUUAGCUGUUUCAAAAUGAAUCGUGUUGUGAAAGAUCAAGUGAAUGAUCAUGGUCUGGGUGUUCAAAGUGUUAUUAUUUUGUAUCUCUAAUUGUUUUGAAACGGGUGGAAUUAACUCACUAGCAACGUCUCGAACUGAAAGGCCGUGCCAGAUAUCAGUGGUGGCGCCAGAGGGGGGGCAGGGGGGGCUACAGCCCCCCCGUCGGAGGAGGCUAGCCCCUCCGUCGGAAGAUAAAUUAUGCUUGAAUUUUUUUUGUCGGAGCGAAUUUUUUAAGUUUUGGCGGAAAUAGAAAUUUCUAAAAGGACUGUUAUCAGAAUUCAGGAAGCUCAUCCCAAAACAACUCAUCGACACAUCAAUUUCAUGGUAAAUAAUAAUCUGUUAUAAGAAGUUUGAAUUGGUUGUUUAGAUGUUCAGUACCAGGUGUUUUCCGCAUGCUGUUAAAUUUGAUCUUAUGUUAUGGAUAGUGCAGUUCGUCCAAAUCUUGCUUGCUAUAACCAACCUACAACAUCGGAAUAUUUUUGUGCGAUAGCGAUAUGGCAACAAAUGUUACCCGUUUCAGUGUUAGAUGUAGUAUAUGUAAUGACGUAUUUAACAAUGAUUACGCUGCCCGCCACACGAAGUCCAAGCACAAAGAUUUGGCUGCAAUGGGAAGGACUGCUCCUACGACGGCAAUAGUUGAAACGGACUCGCAGCAGAGAAAAAUAAAAACAUUUUUUCAAUCAAAAGGCGGUACUUUUCCAAAGAAACGAAAGGUUAAUGAUUUUGAAACUGAAAGAACAACAGAAGACCCCGAAGAACAAGAAGUUGAAAUUUCGAAAAUUCAAGACGAAGAGCAAAUCGAACGUGGUAUGUUAUACGUUUUAAUAUUUAAGUCCUUUUAAUACGAGGAAAAACACUUAGCAAAGGGCUUCAGCCAUAAAAACAAUCAAACUCAU